AUGGCGAGCACCGCCUUAUUCGUGAUGGAGCGGGCUCUUUCGCAAGGCGCCCAAUUCAAUAAGACGAGAUUCAACGGGACUUUCGCUCAGGUUAAUGGGACUGCAAAGAGCAAUGCCACAUCAUUAUUGAUUCAGAAACUUGUCUUCGCGGAAAGCAAAUCAGUCAGGACCUCAACGAUCAUUCUCGCAGUAUUUAAUGUUUUGGCGGCACUUGCGACAGCUGCCAGCAUUUUAUACGACAGUUAUGUGGCGGGAAAGAGGUGUAAUCCCAAGUUCAAAUCAGUCAAGUGGUGUGUGAAGAGGAUACAUCCGGCGGAGAUAUUUCCACUAUUGCUUUCCGCUGGAAUUGCAAUUCAAGGUCUGGCGUUCGUGGGAGUUCAAUCGACUGGCUUGACAUCGCUCUUUACAAAGGGUUGCUCCGUGAUAGCUCAAGUUAUGUGGCCUGCGUUAUUUCUUGUGCCAUACGUCCAACUGGUUUUUGGAAUCGAGUGCGCACUUCGAUCAUUACGAGCGAUGCCAUUUCAGCCCAGGCAUAAAUUGACGGUUCCGAUAUUGGGAGUUAUAAUUUUGUUAAUGAUGAUUGCCACAUGGCUACCUUCGCAUUUAAUUCCCGAGAAUGAUGUAUGCUUCGCAUCACUAUUUUGGUAUAUUACGAGAUUUGGAAACAUCGGUCUUGUCAUAUUGUCCGUUGUUGCGGCAUUGAUGUUGGUUAGCGCCAUUACGAUAUUCGUUCGUUUGUCCAACAGCAAUUUGAUAGAUGAGGAUGAGCGAAUUGCUGCGUCAAGAAUGGUUUACUAUCUAAUCUUGGGCAUUAUAUCUCUGGCUUUCAUCAUCCCUUGGUUCGUUUCGCUUAACACAGGAAAUGGGGACUUGAAAGCUGCCAUGAUGGCAGCUGUUGUGGUAAAUUUGUCUGGACUGAUUAGCGGACUUUUGCAAUUGUUCUUGAGAGCCAACACAACAACCACAUCGUUCGGCCCACUUGCGUCCAGGGAUAAGAGGAAGCACGAAAUCAGAAUUUGGGGACCAAAUGAAUUGAUGUUCAGCAAUCACCUAAACUCUCCGCUUUCCGCUCCAAGAACACCAGUCGAAGUCGAUGCAGAAAUGGCACGUACCGAAAGUCGAUCACAAUUGGUCACACAAGAGAAAGGCCGUGUCUUCAGCAUGGAAUCCUUGAACAGCCUUUACAGCAACCACUCACCCACUUCGAAAUUCAAUGAACAAGCGUAUCCACCUAGGAUCAACGAACCAAAAGAACUGGAGGCAAAUUUAUAUGGUCUAAGCUCGCCUUCGCAAGGGACUGGAAGGAAACAGACGUACUCGCUAUUUCCGUCAGAAGGAGACAAUAAGUUGACUGUCAAUACUAGACAGGAGCCAACUUCGAUCUAUGAUAUCACAGACCUCCAACCACCGUCAAACGCAUUUGGACGUGGCCACAAGCGAGACUCUUCGAUACUAUCCACGGCGACGGUACAAAUCGGAUUGCGACUAUCACACGCUGUCUGCCCUAAUGCUGCAGUUCAAUUGCCACUGCCCCCAACCACCUAUAAACCCACCCCAAAUGCAAAGCUCACCGUACCAAAGCCACUACAGUUGAAGACGCAAACUCCUACAACAGUAACGCGACCCAGUCCCCUCGCCAACUCUUUCAGUCCCAAGACUAUCAGCCCCAAGCUUUUCAGUCCUAAAGCUUCCCCAUCUCUCAGCGCAAUCAACAAGACUCUUCCACCAACCCCUCGAUCAACCUCAUCACAGCUGCCGAACAGUCCAAUCACUCAACUGAGCCCAGCAGUCUACUCACCACAAGCCACUACCUCGCAGACAAAAACUGCAUCCCUUUCAAGGGGUCCGUUACGUGGAAAUCCGCUUAACAGUCCAGUAGCACCGUCAAAACCAGCGCCGAAGAAGAAUGAGUGGAUAUGA